AUGCGUCGCCUGCUAUCGUUAGCUCUGAUAGCCCUAUCCUCCACACAGGCUGUUCGCGCAGCAAUCAAUGCUAGAGCCACGGCUAGUAUCCCUCAAUAUGUCCUCGAAUACGCUCCACUGGUCUGGCUCCACAGUCAGGAAACAUACAUGCCAAGUGACAUACAACAGCAACUCGAUCACACGAAACCAAAUGUUAACUGGACAGUUGUUGCAGGCGCACCGUCUUCUCUAGACCUCGAUAACCUCGACUCACUUAACAGCUUGGGCAAUACAAGUGUUUACUUGACUUCGUCCGAGGGCAUCGAUGCUAGUCCGGAGCCACCUUGGUUCAGAGGUAUCACUCCGGACUUGGAGGGACGGAUUGGUGACGGUACUGGGAGUGCUAUUGUUAUUGUAGACCGUGGUAAUGGGACUGUUGAUGCUUUUUAUUUUUACUUCUAUGCGUAUAACAAAGGUGAUGAAGUACUCGGCAUGGAGUUUGGGGAUCAUAUUGGAGACUGGGAACACAAUAUGAUCCGCUUUGCCAACGGUACUCCCACAGCAAUCUGGUAUAGCCAACACGCCAGCGGCCAGGCAUUCACCUACCACGCCGUCGAGAAAGAAGGCAAACGGCCAUAUUCCUACUCCGGGAAUGGAACGCAUGCCAACUACGCCACAACAGGCCAACAUGACCACACAAUCCCAGGAAUAAACUUCCCAACAGGCUUCCUACUGGACUACACAGACCGCGGCGUGCUCUGGGAUCCAACGCUUAACGCCUACACAUACACCUACAACCCGACAACGGCAAUCUUCACGGCUACGGCCGGUGACCCAGUCGCAUGGCUAGAUUUCAAUGGGAAGUGGGGAGAUGAUCAGCCGCCGAAUGAACCCUCCAUUUUUGGUGAGGCGAAAUUUGUUGCUGGUCCCAAUGGGCCGAAGUUCAAGAGCCUAGAUCGGAAGAUGCAGAUGGCAACUGCCCCUCCCAAUGACGGGCAAACUCUCGCCCAACGCCGUACCUCUCUCGGAUUCCUGCGUCGUUCUAAAUCUACCGAGCCCCUGGGCGAACGCAAAUCGUCCGGUUCGCGGAAGAGAAUGACCAAGACUCAGGCCAUGGAGGAUGAACUUCGUCGCCAGCGUGACUCCUACGCCCCCAAGUCGGCCCCCCGACUGCCAGACCUCUCUCCCGCUCCCGAGUUGGAAACCUUUGGAGGCGAGGAACGUGACAAGAUGGCCGAUCCGAUGCCGCCUCGUCCCCAAUCCGGAUUCGCCGCGUCGCCCUCUAUGACAUCCUCAAUCACCAAUGUGAUCGAUCCCUAUGCGCGAACGGAGAGCAUGACCCAUCGUGGUCGCUACAGCUACGCCAGCAGUGCUGUCAGUACCGUCAACAGCCCGCGUCGUGUCCGCCGCCGCAAGGACCCCACCUCAUACAAUGUGCUUGUUAUCGGUGCCCGCAACUCUGGCAAGACCGAGUUCCUCAACUUCCUUCGCAAGGCUCUGACCAUGCCCCCGCACAAGCACCCCUCACGUACCCCUGAAGAGGUGGAUGAGCUCGAACAACAGACCUCGGCCUACGAAGGAUUCACGUCGCAAUACCUGGAGACGGAGUUCGAUGGAGAACGCGUCGGACUUACACUGUGGGACUCGGUGGGUCUGGAGCGCAACAUUGCAGAUCUGCAGCUGCGCGCUGUAACUGGCUUCUUGGAGAGCAAGUUUGAGGAGACCCUUGCGGAGGAGAUGAAGGUGAUCCGCUCUCCCGGUGCCCGUGACACUCACAUCCACUGCACAUUCUUACUCCUAGACCCUGUGCGUCUCGAUGAGAACAUCGCUGCCGCCAAACGUGCGACCAAUGGGACAUCCAAGGCAUCUGAUUCGCCCGUGGUCGGAGUGCUUGACCAGAACCUUGAUCUGCAGGUGUUGCGCACGGUGUUGGGCAAGACCACGGUUGUGCCGGUCAUCAGUAAGGCAGACACGAUCACAUCUGCCCACAUGAACUAUCUUCGCAAGGCGGUUUGGAACAGCUUGAAGCAGGCCAAUAUUGAUCCCCUUGAGAUCUUGACCCUGGAGGAUCAGGAGGAAUAUACCUCGUCGGAAAGUGGGGAUGAAGAGGAGGCCGAGACCAAGUCCCUCGAUGCGACCGGAACCCCCGAUGCGGCUGAAGCUAAAGAAUUAGAGACCGAGGACAAGGUUCCCUCCUCGCCCGCCCCCAGCCAGAGCACCCGCAAGUCCAGCGGCUCGCAGGCCGCCAACCUGCACGUUCCUUUCUCGAUCCUGUCUCCCGACCCCCACUCGCUGGCUGCUGGAGACGAGCCCGUUGGCCGUCGCUUCCCCUGGGGAUUUGCAGACCCCUACAACCCCGAGCACUGUGACUUUGUGCGCCUGAAGGACUCUGUCUUCUCUGACUGGCGCUCGGAGCUGCGGGAGGCUAGCCGCGUGAUCUGGUAUGAGCGCUGGAGAACCAACCGACUCAACCGCAAUGGACAGCCGGUGCCCCAAAAGCAGAACUUUGGUCGCAUGGGACCUGUUCAUGGCCGUCGCACGCGCUGA